UGUGUCGCGGAGAUGGAGCGGCGUCCCACGGAACAACUGCGCUGCGCUUUCUCAAGUUUUCUUCAUAGGAAAAUAUCGAUUUGAUUUCUGUGGAAUAUUUCACGCUCUUGGGGAGUUUAUUUGACUCAUUUCAUCCCAUGCGAACCCUGAUCAAAUCUCAUCGUAUCUGUCCUUCCGCUGCUAUUAUUACUCCUUGACUGUCUCGAGCCGAGUCUUUGGUUAAUCUUAUGGUGCUUAUUCUCAAAUACUGCCGUAGAUCUCAUCAGAUUGCGCCAAAUAAUUAGGGGGGACGAGUGAGAAGAAGUAAGAUGCGAAGCGCCUCGACGUUCGCUUCCAACGCAGCCUGGGACGCGCAGCUCCUGCCGACGCGGACUUGAAAGCCGCCGCACUUUGUCGGAAGGUGCGUGAUGGUCCUGUACGGACUCGUGUCAUUCCAGAGCUCGUGAGCCGCGGACUCUGGUUCCUGUCCCCCACCCGUGGACGCGUCCCUGCCUGUCCGUGGGACCCCCCGCGCUGGUCUUCGCCAGAUGCGCUGAAAUGUGGAGUAAAUGGUGACUGUUUGAAACUGCGCGCAGCGGUCAGCGGGUUGGAUUGGGACACAUUCGCAGGAAAACUCCUCCUGGAUGAAGAGGGUCUCUGCAGGGGGGCGCCUCCUCGCCUUGCUCUUCACCAGCACGCGCUCCACUGUGUUACUGCCGUAGGACGAAGUGCGGAGGGGUAGCAUGGCAAUGGUAGUAAACCAGUGGCAGGAGAACAUUGCCGCAGAUCCGGGCUCGCAGCUGCAGAUGUGCGGCCAGGAGCCCGGUGGUGGGACGCCAGGGACCCCCUCCGGCUCCACGCCGGGAAACGACGCGCUGUCCGGGGACAAGCUGCCCAACGUGGACUGCAUGGUGUGCGGGGACAAGUCGAGCGGGAAGCACUACGGCCAGUUCACCUGCGAGGGCUGCAAGAGCUUCUUCAAGCGCUCCGUGCGCCGGAACCUGAGCUACACGUGCCGCGGGAACCGGGACUGUCCCAUCGACCAGCACCACCGCAACCAGUGCCAGUACUGCCGCCUCAAGAAGUGUCUCAAAGUGGGCAUGAGGAGGGAAGCUGUCCAGCGGGGGCGCAUGUCCAACUCUCAGUCUAGCCCUGGUCAAUACCUGGCCAACAACAGUGAGCCGUACAAUGGGCAGCCCUACCUGUCAGGCUUCAUAUCACUGCUGCUGAGGGCCGAGCCCUACCCUACCUCCCGCUACGGCGCCCAAUGCAUGCAGUCCAACAACCUGAUGGGCAUUGAGAACAUCUGCGAGCUGGCUGCCCGGCUGCUCUUCAGUGCUGUGGAGUGGGCAAAGAACAUCCCUUUCUUCCCUGACCUCCAGCUCAUGGAUCAGGUAGCACUUUUGCGAAUGUCAUGGAGUGAGCUCUUUGUCCUGAAUGCUGCUCAGUGCUCCAUGCCUCUACACGUGGCACCCCUGUUAGCAGCUGCCGGUCUGCAUGCCUCACCCAUGUCUGCUGAGCGCGUGGUGGCCUUUAUGGACCACAUCCGCGUCUUCCAAGAACAAGUGGAGAAGCUGAAGGCACUGCAGGUGGACACGGCCGAAUACUCCUGCCUUAAGUCCAUCGUGCUCUUCACCUCUGAUGCCAUGGGUCUGUCAGAUGUGGCCCAUGUGGAAAGCAUCCAGGAGAAGUCCCAGUGUGCCCUGGAGGAGUACGUACGCAACCAGUACCCCGGGCAGCCCAAUCGCUUCGGCCGACUCCUGCUGCGUCUGCCCUCGUUGCGCAUCGUCUCCUCGCCCGUCAUCGAGCAGCUUUUCUUUGUGCGCCUGGUGGGCAAGACCCCCAUUGAGACGCUGCUGCGGGACAUGCUGCUCUCUGGCUCCAGCUACAACUGGCCCUAUGUACCCAUGCAGAGGGACCGGCCGCUCUCCCUCCACUACAAUGAGAAUGGGCCCUGACCACUUUUCCCCCACUACCAUGCCCACCCCGCCCCGCCUCACCCCACCCCACCCCAUCCCCAACUCUUUUAUCGCUCAGGGAUGCAGCCCACCGAAUAGACCCAGCCCCUCACACCUCUCCCUCUUCAGCACUGAUCACACACUAAGGCAUCUCCGAUACAGACUUUCAUAAUGCAAGGACACGAUUCUGAAAUGCCUCAUAUUCUUUCGAACCUUCCACGUCAGUGAGGACCUGGAGUUGGUAUGAGCCCAAGGCAGCCAUGUUGACUCUCACCGCUCCCUCAUCCCUCAUGUCUGAGCUCAUCUGCCAGUUCGUGGACCUGAGAGGUGCCAGAAACCUCAACUCUGGUUCCCAAUGUGCCUGUAGGGUUAUCUUUAUUACCUAACAUGUCCAUAAGAAUGAAUUGCAGGUGCCUCCCUUGGACUGGCACCAACGUAUUUAGUCCUGUGACCUCAGAAGGCUUCGUGGAGCAGAAAGGAACUUUAUACUCCUGCUGGACGUGACACUGUCGGCUUCGGUCAAGGCCAAACCAAAGGUAUAGUGGGGCCAAAACGGAUGGGCAAGAUCUGUUGCAUCUCAACAAAUGGCAAGAGACUGAAACGCCUCGUCGCCGUUUUGUCCACAAACUGGUGGUUGGACAAAGUCUCAAGACUUGGGCCAUGGUGGCAGUGCAUGGGUAACGACUGGGAACCAAUGUCCAACAGAAGGGUCAUGGUGUACAGGCAGAUGUGCCAUUUCAGAUGCAUCGAUGAACGGUUCUCGACCUCUGGGGUGCAAAAAGAAGCACUUGGGCCCCCCUCACGUGUGUGUGCGCGCAGGGCUGAGAGCUGCCGGCACAGUCGCUCGCCCCUCCACCCCGGUGUGGGCUUGAACUGGUUAAGGGAGGAGGAUACCUGUUGUAGUAUAGCUAUCACAAAAUGUUUUUUUUUGUGUUGUACUCAGUGAUACGAAGCGUACAGAACCAGUCAUCUCUUGUGAUGCAUGGAAGAGUGAAAGAGAAUAUUGCAGAAAUCGGGAUUGUUUGGAAUCGUAAGCCAUUGGGACGGUGGGAAGAUGAACGUAUCUGUGAUCGCUCUUAGUUUGAGGAAUGUUUCUACUAGAAUUUUUUUUUUUUUGUUCUUUAUGAUGACAUCAG